UAGGGCCAAAGCAACCCCUCUAAAUCUUGAACAUGUGUAUGCCCUUUUCUCCGCACCAAACUGCCAUGGCGUCCAACAGGAAAGUAGCAGCUCCUGCUGUCUUCGCCCUGGCCUUGCUCCUCGUGGCCUAUUGUGCGGAGGCAUACAUGUGCACAACGCAGAACAGGUUUUUCCAUGGCAGGUGCGUGAACAAUCUGAACUGUGCGAGCUCGUGCGUGCACGAAAGGCUCGGCACCGGCGGGCACUGCGCGACGAGGAAGCGCAGCGCCGCCGACCCCGGCGUCGACAUCGACUGGGUCUGGAAUAGAAGAAUCUGCGUGUGUGUCUUCCAGUGCAGGUGGCCAUCGCCGCCGGGAGAAGAAGAGCCGCCGUCCGGCGGGGAAGAGCCGCCGGCCGGUGGGAGACAGCCACCGUCCCUCCGUCACACCCAGGAAAUCCAACCGAAUUUUUAAGGGUAGAUCCACGUUCGACGGAAUAAAAGCAGAACGUACUGUAACUGCAAUCGCAUGACAGUAAUUUAGUAAGUUUUUAUCCAUGAAUAUUUUCAUGGCGAAGGCCCAGCGUCUUGUUUAAAUGCGAGAGCAUGUGCUUUCAAUCGACAAUACGAUCUGGACAUGCUCAG